AAUGUUUUUUAACGUAAAAACUAUCCUAAGUUGGGAGUGAAUUCAGAUCUUCGUCGCUUUACCAAUAAACUGAUGGUCAAAGUUUAGGCAAAUUGAAGCAUCAGCGGGAGCGAGCAUCGAACAACAACUCAGGGAGCCCCGAGGCCGAGGAAUUUGGCGAUGACGAGAAAGAAGAGGAAGACGAGAGAGGCGGCAACAAUCCAUCCCAGAAAUAAAUAUGCUGAAAAUCCCCCAGAUUUCGCUCUCUUAGCUUCUCUUUACCCUUCGUUUCAACCUUUCGUCUCUCUUCAUCCCCGACCCAGAAUCGACUGGACCGACUUCAAUGCCACCCGUGAACUUACCCGGGUUUUGCUUCUUCAUGACCAUGCUCUUCAUUGGUGGAUUCCUGAUGGACAGCUCUGCCCGACAGUACCUAAUAGAUCGAAUUAUAUUCAUUGGCUUGAAGAUCUUUUGUCAUCUGAUGUCGUUGCAAAGAAAAAUAGUGAUUGCGGUCGUGUAAGAGGUUUUGACAUAGGAACUGGGGCAAAUUGCAUUUACCCACUUCUUGGAGCGUCUCUUCUCGGGUGGAGUUUCGUUGGGACAGAUGUGACUGAUGUAGCACUAGAGUGGGCCGAAAGAAACGUUACAAGUAAUCCACAUAUUUCUGAACUUAUUGAAAUUAGAAAGGUGGAUGAUACCUCAGAUGAUCUUUCUACAGAAUUACAUGAUAGUGUAGCAGUCGAUAGUGAAUGCAAGAUUUUCAAUGAGAUGGAUGGUAGGGAAAUAGGGCCACCCCUGCCCUCAUUCUUGUCGAAGGAGGCAAUCCACUUGGAGACGCAAUAUCAUGGUCCUCCCAUUCUUCUUGGUGUUGUCAAAGAUGGUGAGAGGUUUGACUUUUGCAUGUGCAAUCCUCCCUUUUUUGAGAGUAUGGAUGAAGCAGGAUUGAAUCCAAAGACUUCUUGUGGUGGAACUCCACAAGAGAUGGUCUGCCCAGGUGGGGAGAGGGCAUUUAUCAGUCGUAUGAUUGAAGACAGCAUUGUUUUGAAGCAGACUUUUCGGUGGUACACUUCAAUGAUUGGGAAGAAAUCAAACCUCAGCUUCCUGAUAUCUAAACUUUGGAAAGUUGGAGUGACAGUUGUCAAGACUACAGAAUUUGUUCAAGGCCAAACUUGUCGGUGGGGACUUGCUUGGUCUUUUAUGUCCACAGCACGGAAGAUUAUAUCUCCUCAUGUCACUAACAAGAGUAUCUUGUCUUUCAUGCUUGAGGGCCUCCUUUCACAAGUCAGUGCCAUGAGUAUACUGCAAUCAGUUGAACGUUUUCUUAGCACCGGUGGAGCUUCUUGUAAAUUGAACGCUUCUUCAUUUACAGUAGAUAUUACUGCAUCUGAGGAUCAUUGCCAAGCAAUUCUUGAGAAUGGAGCAUGUGAAGAGGUCAAAGAUGCCAGUUGUGUAGCUUUGGAAAAAUCAGAAACUCAACUCUCUACUGAUCUGUGUUUUCGAGUUUCGGUCUUUCAGCAGAUCCCUGGAACACUUCUUGUGAAAGGCUCCUUGCAUCAGAAGAGCAACCCUUCUGCAGGCUUAUUCUCACUGAUUUUCCACCGAUUAGAGGAGUUUCUGAAAGCUGAAUUUUGUAAAUAAAAGGUGUUAUAGGAGAUCCCUUCUCUCCCUCAGCAUCCAAGGACACAGUAGUACAACUUGUAAACCAGAUCCUGUUUAUGUGAACGCUACACGAUAAGGCAGUUGUAUUGCUUACUAUGCAGGGGUGAAGCGAAGAAAGGAAGUUGAUGAGUAAUUUUUUCUUUGAUAUUCUUUCUUGCUCUUUUAAAGUAAAAAGCUCAUUUAUAUAGAAAGUUAGCAUACAAAAUUUUCAUCCUUCGUAUCGAACAUUUUGGCUCUGCCCAUAUCAUAUCAACUAACAAGAUUAAGUUGUUGAGGAUAGUGCUGGAGGUGAUUUUAUCUCAUAAAUGGGGUGGAUUCAUCCAUUUCAAAAUAUGAAAAUUUUGUUUGAGAACCUUUCUUUUGGACAAGUCUGUUAAUGCCUUUUGUUUUUGUUAUCUCCCUUAGGAGGAGAACAAAGCAACACAUGUCUUUGUGGCUUUUUCUACGUAGCAUUCUCACCAUUCAUGA